AUGACCCCACCAGGCCACCUGGGCCGCCUCGCGCCAAACCAGCCUGCUUCGCUGGCCUGCCCCAUCCGCUCGCUGCUGCCGCUGACCUCGUCCGCCCCUGUUCUCCACCUCCGCUACCGGCCACGGGAGCUUUUGUGCUGCCACGCUCGGAUCUCCUCCACGCUGCCACGCUCCAUCCUCGCCGUCCAAGCCGCGCCAAACCCUAGCCCCAGGGCUAUAAAUCCCCCAUUCCCGACUGUCCCUAACCUAGCCGUUGCUUUGGGGUUUCCCCCUAUCCUUAGCUGGAACCGGGGAGGGAGAGAGAGGGAGAAAGCUCCAGGGAAGGAGAAGGAGGGGGGGAGCCAUGAGGAGAAGGCCGCCGCGAACUGGAGGGGGAGCGCCGCGCCCAGGACCCCGCCACGACGUCGCCGCCAUGCUACGUCGUCUUCCUUCCACGCCACUGGAAAUGUUGAAGACACGGAGAUGAGCCAGGAUCCGGAGCUGUACGAGGACCACUACAAGGAGGAAGACCAUUCAGGGACAGCUCGUGAGUUUGCAGGUUAUGAGUCCGACUUUGACAACAACUUUGAUGGAUGGUAUGAUUGAGGGCUGAGUACUACGCUCAAGGAAGCCUGUGGAGGAGAUCGUGAAGAUGGAGGCGUUGCCAGAAGCUAGAUUCUGCUGCGUAGUUUUUCUUCAUGUUGUUUAGCCCUCGGGGCUUGUAUCAGAUCGUACCCUCAUACUAUGGGAUGUAAUAAUUAAAUAUGUACUAUUUUGUGGUAUGGAUGUGAUAUUAUGCUAA